UAAAAAUUACUUUCGCGGGCCUGUAAAUCCCUCUUUCCACGAAGCUUCCUCUCUUCUCCGUACCCCUUACCUCCUCUCUCUAAUAAAUCUCCGCAAGAAACCCUUCAAUUUUCGUUCUGGACAAACCUUUCUUCUUUCUCUGCAAACACAACUCUCUUUCUCUCUCUAAAUUCCCUUGAAUCUCUCUCUCUUGAAGGCACUGUGCAUUUAUUGAAUGUGAUCGUACUAUCUGCGACUCAUCGGGCCAUUAGAUCGUUAUUCAUUCGCCUGUGUACAGUUUCAGAGUGCUAAAUGUAUGUGUGGUUCGCUGCUUCUAGUGCUUCUCUCUGCAUUUUUAUGCUCGUUUUGUAGAGAUUUAAGGCAUUUUACGUCGGUUGUCCUGGGGACUGGAUUCUGUUUCUCUUACCUUCUUGCUCUAUCAGGUGUGUGCAAGUUGAGAUAGAGCUUGCUGUCAUCCUGUAGCAAAUGUCUAAGAUUAAUGACAAGGCCCAUAAAAUGCUCACGCCCCAUCCUCAAGUUGAAAUGGGAUCGAUAGAUGAUAGACAAGACUGUGACAGUGAGGAGGAGAUCCUUGUCAUUUCAUCACCCGUCAUAAGAAAGUCACAUGGUUCCGAGGCAUCUUCUAACGGUCCAUUUCCAAUCUUUUCCCAUACAUGGAUCUCAAAGCGAUCACGAAAUAGAGUAUUCACGAGCAUUUACAUUGUUCUCAUUAAAGCGAAAAUCAACUUGCUACUACCUUGUGGCCCCCUUGCGAUUCUCCUGCAUUAUCUCACAGGAAAGCAUGGAUGGGUCUUCUUCUUCAGCUCGUUGGGCAUAACACCUUUGGCUGAACGGUUAGGUUAUGCAACAGAGCAGCUCGCGUUCUACACUGGACCUACAGUUGGGGGACUGCUGAAUGCAACAUUUGGAAAUGCGACAGAAAUGAUAAUUUCAAUUUAUGCUCUGAAGCAAGGGAUGAUACGUGUUGUUCAGCAAUCGUUGCUUGGUUCUAUUUUGUCUAAUAUGUUAUUAGUGCUUGGAUGCGCUUUUUUAUCGGGAGGUCUCGUUUUCUGUAAUAAAGAUCAGGUCUUUAACAAGGCAGCUGCUGUUGUGAACUCUGGAUUGUUAUUGAUGGCUGUCAUGGGUAUAUUGUUUCCAGCUGUUCUUCAUUUUACACACACUGAGGUGCAUUUUGGGAAAUCCGAGUUGGCUCUUUCAAGGUUUAGCAGCUGCAUUAUGCUAUUUGCAUAUGUUAGCUACCUUUAUUUUCAGCUGAAGAGCCAUCAAAAUCUGCCUAAUUCUGUAAAUGAGGAAGAUGAUGGCCACGAAGAAGACUCAGAUGAUGAGGAGGUCCCAGAGAUAACUCAGUGGGAGACCAUGUGCUGGCUUGCAAUUUUGACGUUGUGGAUUUCUGUCCUGUCCGGAUACCUAGUGGAUGCCAUUCAGGGAGCAUCUGAAUCAUUAAAUGUGCCAGUGGCUUUCAUUAGUGUUAUUCUACUUCCCAUUGUGGGUAAUGCAGCCGAGCAUGCUAGUGCCAUCAUGUUUGCGAUGAAAGACAAACUCGAUAUCACAUUGGGAGUUGCAAUCGGAUCAUCUACUCAGAUAUCAAUGUUUGUGAUUCCGUUCUGUGUGGUUGUUGGGUGGUGCAUGGGAAAGCCAAUGGACUUGAAUUUUCAACUCUUUGAGACUGCUACACUCUUCAUAACAGUACUUGUCGUAGCAUUUAUGUUGCAGGAAGGCACUGCAAACUAUUUUAAAGGGCUGAUGCUCAUACUAUGCUAUCUUAUUGUUGCUGCCAGUUUCUUUGUCCAUGUUGAUCCAACCUCCAAUGACGAUUAGGAUGGUCUUGCAUGGAUCUUGAAGACCUGGUUCAGCUUAUCUACACUUCAGGGUUGUGAGUUGCCAGUUUGGAUUGCAAUUUAUGAGGCUUUGAUUCCAAGAAGUUGUAGAAGAUGCAAAUCUUUGAGGACUCUGCAUGUGCUUUUAAUGGUCGGAUGGAGUCCUUCGUUUCUUGAAAUUUGAAGUUGGAAGACUCUUGAUCAGUGAGAGAGAUCUUGUUGUGUUGGGAAAGGCUUUUGCAUCCGUUUUGUUUUUGGGGUGAUUCGAAGAAAGAGCAUGGUGUCUUUCUUUUGUUCCUUUUUCAAAGCCUGGGCCUGGGAAUUGUUUUUGUUCAAUCCUCUUAUUAAGAAAUAUCUGUAUCUCAAACCCUGUGUAUUCUAUUCUUGGAGGAUUACUUGUGCAAGACAUGGAAUUGCUUUUUACUGGUUCUGACAAAUAAGCGAGGGUACCAUGCAAUGUAACCUUGACAAGUUAUAUUUUCUUUUAUUUGAUGUCACUCUCAGAUACAUGAAUAUAAACUAAAGAAUAUAUAUUCAGAUACUACUGAUAUCAUAUUGAAAAUGAGUUGUUACCCAUCA